GAGAAUUAGUAUUUAUCUUUUUUGUAUCAAUUUUGACCAACCAAUUAUUUGAUAGACAUAACGCUAUUGGAGAAUCAAUGAGAGAACGGAAGUAACAAAAAGAUCAAAGUGGUCCAGAUCUCAAUUUACUAUAUUCACAAUUUGAUUCGCGUCAUAUCUACAGAUAAAAAUCUUUAUUAAAUUUGACAAAUUUGUCUUAGUCCGGAUAAAUAAAUGUGGAAAUCAUCGGUAGUAAAUGCUUCAGAUCAUAUAUUUCCUGGUUUAGCAUAUCAUGAUCGUAAAAAGGAAUUUUAUGACAUAGGUAAUCAAAUACAGUCUAGUUUACCGCUUCAAAUGGCUUUAUACUUUAACGUGUGGCUUUUGCCGAUUUGGUUUCUUAUAAGUAUAAUAAGUUUGGACUUCAAGUAUUUACAAUUAACGGAUGUGUAUAAAUUUAUAACAGUUGCUAUAUUUUUACUUAUUUCGAUAUUAGAAUGUACUAGAUUAUACCUUGGAUACCAUGGUAAUUUAGCUGAAAAGAUUCCAGAACUAGCAAGCUUUUGGCUUAUAUCCACAUUAAUACAAUUUCCGUUAGAAUUAUUUCUCCUUCUUGAUAAUAGAACUAUGCUUCAGUUCAGUGAACGAAUUGUUAAUAGUUUAAUGAUAUUUUUCCUUAGUAUAGAAAUAAUUUCAGGGACUGUAGCAUUAAAGAAUUCAGCCAAUCAUCAUGCUAAAAGAUUUUAUAUAGCUCAAUUAUAUGGAAUAGAAGAUAGGUUAAAUUAA